AUGACUCCAAUGCAAGCGUCGCGACAAAGUGAAUUUAUGAGGAGCCAUCUCAUCGGACCGUCGCCGGGUCGGAGGACUGAUGUCUACAAAUUGAAAUGCUACUGCGCGAUACUAUGCGUUAUUGUGCUUUGCAACACGUUGCUAAUGAAUCCACUGCAGCGAUUUCUCGCUCAAAACAUUUCGGCGGCUGCCGGCGACUGGACUCCUUGGGAGCCUCGGCUGCAGCAUCUCGAAUUUCAGCUCAACGAAACCCGGUCCCUUCUUCAGCAAAGACUUGCGCUUCCAACCACAAGUAACUUGUACAAUAUUAGUUUCGACCUAUUCUGGUUGCACAUUGAAAAGACGGGUACUUCGUUCUUCAACACUAUCUUUUUGAAUUUAUGCCCUCGCAUCCUUGCCGAGCACCCAGAAGUCCUGCAAUCGAAACUGAUCGACGGUCGUCUCUUGAGCCGGUUCCCACCCUCACAAUGGUGUGAGGCAACCGUGCUCAACAUGCCGUGUCCUGGAUGCCAUUUCCCGUACAAGGAACGGGAUACAUUGUUCACGACCUUUACCAUGUUUCGGGAUCCGUUGGAACGACUGCAAAGUGCGUAUGCGUUUCAACGCCACGGGAGCAAAUUGAACGAUACCAACAUUUCCUUCGAAACCUAUAUCAACGAGUCACAUCUCCCGAAUUGUCAAAUGAAAAUGAUGUCCGGAUACAAAUGCCACCAAUACGCGGCACCUGAUCACCUCAAUGUGGAGAAGGCGUUGCAAACGAUCCAGCGUCCCACCUUUUUCUUUGGCAUAACGGAACGGUGGGAAGAGACAAUAUGCCUCUUCCAUCAGUGGUACGGUGGGAAAAUACAACCGUUUGAGAUGAGGAACAACCGACCUACUCUCCGCAGCGCGCUCAAUCGGUCCAUCGACUACCACGAUGUUGACAUGGAGUUUGUCCCCGAGGCGGAGAAGAUCUUUGACCAAAGGCUUCUCGCGGCAGGAUGCCUGGGCACAAGGUCGGCUUCGAUCGAGUCACACUUGCAUAUCUAG